CCGGUCAGUCUGGACGGAGCUUAGCGAGGAGCGGCAGUCGGACGGAGCUCGACCCAGCGCCGCGCCCCGGUGCAUGCUGGGAUUCACGUGGACAUCUACCCGAGCGGACCCGGGACCGAGAGACCGGAUGAAUGUAGCAGUUUGUCUGCAGCAGCAGCAGCAGCAGCAGCGACAGACCACCGGUUGAUUCUCCGCUGGAUUCACUUUGUCACGGGACAGUGGAACCGGGUGAGGAUGAGGACGCAGCUCGGACCCUGAGGUCGCACCGCGGACGGAGCGACGUCAUGUCCCGCCGGGACUCGGACAGAGCGGCCGAGGCUGCGGAGGCCGAGCGGCUGCGCCCGGUGCGGGACCGACUGGAGGCGUCGCUGUCCGGGCUCGCGGAGCUCGAGUGUCUGCGGCAGCGGCAGGAGGAGCUGGUCCGGACCGCGCUGCAGCCGCGGGGAGCGGAGGAGGAGGAGGAGGAGCUGGAGGAGAACAUCCUGCUGCUCCGGAAACAGCUGAACUGUCUGAGGAGGCGUGACGCCGGCCUCAUCAGUCAGUUAGAGGAACUGGACCGACAGAUCAGUGACCUGAGGCUGGACACGGAGGAGUCACAUGACCAGAGUGACAGUCGACCGAGCUCAGGUUUCUACGAGCUGAGUGACGCGGCGUCUGGUUCUCUGUCCAACUCGUCCAACUCCGUGUUCAGCGAGUGUUUUUGCUCGGCGCUGGAGCCGGACGGACGCCUCCCAUCGACAGAUGAGCUGCCCAGCUGUUUGGACUGCGACGGACUCUGGGACGACUUGUCUGGGACUCUUCAUUGCUCGCUCUCAGCCCCUCACCCGCCCGUCCUGGACCCCUUCCCCUCAGCAGCGUCCGGGGACUCCCAGUCUAAGCACCACUGCGACCUGGUGGUCUGGAAUGGCAGCGACGUGUACCGUUACCCCAGCCCGCUGCACGCCAUGGCCGUCCAGAGCCCCACCUUCCUUCAGAUGUUGGGUCACGCCGGCCUCGGCAGAGACGAGGGGCUUCUGAAAGCCAUCGAGGCAGAAUCCUCCUCUCUUCCUGGUUCUGUCUCAGCUCCUCUGGUACCUCAGAGCUCGUCCUGGCCUGUCCCGUCCUCUUCUUCCUCCUCCCACAAUCCUUCUCAGAAGCAUCUGGACUCCUACAUCUACAGUCUGCUCCAGCGGAGAGUCCUGCCCGUCAGGACCAGCAGACCCAGGACCAGCAUCAACACCGACCCGUCAAAGAGCCUCUUGAGGCAGGCAAGUCUCUGUGUAAGGCAGCUGUCAUUGAAGGGUUCUGAACUGAAACCCACCUGGACUGGAGGGGCGAGAUUGGCAGAAGGUGCCGCAAGCUCGUCUCCUCAGAGGCAGAGGUCUGUGGACGAGCGGGAGACACAAAAUGGCUUCCACGGUGGCAGCGGUGACACAAAGCCAAAUGGCCUCAAAAUUAACAGCAGUGACUUGGCACAGAACCAGAACAGCUCUCUCACUAAUGGACUCUUCACCGUAAAGGACAUGAACACAAGCACUGACGGUCUGCUGAAGAAGACGAGCAGAGGGCUGCUUCCUCCCUCCGCAGCCGAGACUCAACACUUCAAGGAGCUGCGACGUCCCGACGCUAACUCCGCCCCCAAAGUGAACAAGCCAUGUCCCCCCGACCAGUCAGCCACUCCUACAAGCAGCCCCAGGCCUCUCCGGGCCGGUCGGGCAGAGAGGGGCGACGGGUCGGUGCCGGAGCUUACCAGUCUCGGGUCGUCCUCCCAGAGUCCGGACGAGGCAGGAGGAGGAGGAGGAAGAGGAGGGGGGAGGAGUCACAUGGUCCACGCCAGGUCCAUCCCUGCCCAGCGGCAGAACAUCAAACUCUGCAAGGGCGGCAGGAAGAACCCGAAGACUGUGAAGGUGAAGAGCACCAGGACGAUGAAGACGAGUCGGACCUCGGAACACGACGAGCCCACAAACAGAAAAGGAGAUAAAUCCCACCGCAGGUGCAGCUGUAAUAAGUCCCUGCUAUUGGAAGACGGAGGCUCCGCCCACAUUAAAUUGUCGAAGAGAUCACCGGGCGGAGCUGCUGGAGCGUCCCGCUCCAGAACCAGACGCCUCCCUCCGUCCAUCCCAGAGGGCAGAGUCCUGGACAGACACUCAACAGGAUGGUCCGGCAAAACCAAUCACUGUAACCAUGGAAACCAUCACAGUCACCAACUUCAUCAGCACCAGGGGCACAACCAGGUCGUGGUCGUUGCCAAACCGAAACACAAACGUAAGGAUUACCAACGGUUAUGUGCGAUCAAGGACGUCCCACAUGACGAGGCGUUCAGGCGCACUCAGCGGCGCCGCAGAAAAGAGAUUCUCGGCAACUCUGUGGCUGUUAAGCCCCUCCCCUCCGGAGGACCGCUGAGGAGCCCGUACUCCUACACCGGAGGAAGUGACUCAGAGUAUUCAGCCGAGUGCGCGUCGCUGUUUCACUCCACCGUCGUGGACACAAGCGAAGACGAGAGGUCCAACUACACCACCAACUGCUUUGGAGACAGUGAGUCCAGUGAGGAGGACGAUGUGGACGAGAGCAGCAGUGAUGCAGAGGAGGGUGGAGGACGUGGCACAGGUGGGACGGGCUCUGGGUGGAACCAAUCAGGGGCCAGAGCGGUGGGACAGGAAAUGACUCCAGCUCAGGCGAAGGUCUGCGUGAAGAUCAAGGCCUCACACAACCUGAAAAAGAAGAUCCUGAGGUUCCGGUCGGGUUCACUCAAACUCAUGACGACCGUGUGAAACCACGCUGUGCCCGCCCGUGGCUGCCAUGACAACCGGACCAGAGCCAUAUCUGCAGGGACGCCACACCGCUGCACCCAUGGUGACCUCAACUCAAACCAACUAUGAACCACAGCUAAUAUAAACACAGACGUCGCUCAGACGAAUCCAGAGCAGUCACUCUUCUUUGUAAAAGAAUGUGGGAACAAACUGAACUUCAUCGACCACGGCACCGGCUGCUUCACGUGACCAACUCAACAUUUGACAACAUGGCCCCCCGAAUAAUAAACACUCAUCACUCUUUUGGAAACGACCGAUUGUAAAGAUUUGGAGUUUGGAUGUAGCCGAUCAAAUCAGCCUCCUUCCUGUUCCUCUGUCUCGCUCCACCCAACAAGUGCCCCGAUCCUGGUGAACUUCAAACAAACACGUCUGCGUUCAGAGUGUUUGUUCACUGCAGCUGAGAAGCUGUUACAGAUCCAGGUCCAGACUGUUGCUCUCUGGUCUCAUUCUGGUCGUCAGAGAUGUUUUGGAAGGUUCUCCAGAAGGUUCUUUAAAAGGUUCUCCAGAAGGUUCUCCAGAUGUUUCUCAAGACAUUUGUUAAUGUUUAUCUCCAGAAGGUUCUCCAGAUGUUUCUCAAGACAUUUGGUAAUGUUUAUCUCCAGAAGGUUCUCCAGAUGUUUCUCAAGACAUUUGGUAAUGUUCAUCUCCAGAAGGUUCUUCAGAAGGUUCUUCAGAUGUUCCCUGGUUGUGUUUCCUGCACUUUGAGACAAACUGUGAGCGACAGGACGACAGAACCUUGUUAAUCCCGUUUGUUUUUUUAUUUAUAAUCACACACAGACCUGGCUGUUGUGUUGGUGCGCGACAGCCAGGUCUGUGUCGACGCUUCGCUCUUUAUUCACUGAACGUUUUUUGAUGAAAGCUAUUUAAAACCUAAUAUAUAUUUGCUUUGUACAUAUUGGAUCACACAUGGUUCUAACUGAUUCCGAUGUGUCUUUCUCAACAGUCACACCACACACAGUGUUUCUGCGUUUCUCCUUCUCACCUCUGUGGCUUCUAGCAUCCAUGUUGCUAAUCACAACGUGUUCACGACACGACACUCGAACACGACUUCACAUACUUGCGAGUUCCAUUUGAACCCAGCGAUCAAUCCAGCAGAACGUUUUCUCUUCUGUCUUUAGACGACGUCGGUGCCUCGGAGCUCAACGAGUUCUUUGACUGUUUCCAACAUGAUCACAAAACUUUCCUGGUUCUGUAUCUGCUACAGUGAAAAAUAUGCGGAAACACUGUUGGAGCCUGUGAUGUUUGAAAAACAUAAACCUUGUUUGAACUGUGACGCUCAGUGAACCAUCACUGAUAAUAUCUUUGAUUCAAUCCACAGUCCAACAUUUAUCAUCCUGUGUUCUGUCGUCAGAAUCUGAGGAUCGGUGAAAACUGAGAAACAGACUGAGGAGCGUUGACUGGCUAACUGCGUUAGCUGCAUUAGCUGCGUGGCUAACAAAGCUAACCAGUUGUCAUGUGUUUGAAUCAGUUUGUUACCAAGUGAAACUCAAACCAACAGUUUUCAGCUGAACACAAAUAGUUAAUGUUGAAUUAUAUUUUGGUGGUUGACUCUGAAAACAAGUCGGACGAAGAUGUGAACGUUUGCUCACAUUCGGCUGUUUGAAGCAGGUGGGAACUGCUCCCUAGUGUUGCUAACAAGCAGUUAGCACAACCAUGAGGUAUUCUAUGUCUGAAGCUGCGUCGUCGUUGCUUUACUCACUACACACAUAUAUAUCACACGUGUAAACAGCUGGAUGUUAGUUAACCCCGAGGGCUGUCACAUCAGUUACCUACAAACUGUGACCAUUAGCUCUGUUUAGCUAACACACAUACCGGGAUGUUUUUAGCCUAGCUUAGCACAGACGCCAGAAGUAGGUGAAUUGUUAGCUUAGCUCCAGCUGAAGUCACAUUUCAACAACUAGUCUGAUUUGCAUGUUGUGUCUUAUUGAGCAUGUAGAUAAAAAACGUUUUAACAGCAUGUAUGUGGGUUGAGCAGCAGCUAGCUGCAGCUAGCACCAAAGCUAGCUCCCCUUGGUUGUGUUUUCUUUAGCUAGCAAGCAAACACGUUAGCUCUCUGGCUAAAAAACGUUUGCACCUUAGCAUCGAAUAUAUAUUUACAUAAAAGGGUUGAUGUUCAGUUUCUCCACUGUUUGUGCUAAGCUAGGCUAAACCCAUCGUGCUAAGCUAGGCUCAACCCAUCGAGCUAAGCUAGGCUAAACCCAUCGAGCUAAGCUAGGCUAAACCCAUCGAGUUAAGCUAGGCUAAACCCAUCGAGCUAAGCUAGGCUAAACCCAUCGUGGACGUCAGAGAAGCUGCUGUUAGGUGGAAGAUGCGAUUAUUCAGACUAAAGGAGGCGUCUCACGCCAUCUCUCUGUCGACGCGAUGUUUUAGUUUCUUCUCUCUGAUCCAACGGAACAAACUUGACUCUUGUUAUUGAACAUAUGCAACUGAACGUGACUGUUUCUGAGACGUCACUGAUGCUGAACCUCUCUAUGCUUCAUUAAACGUCAACUUUUA